GCCGGAUUUGUACCUGGGUCCUAAGAACUGUGAGGCAGAUGUGAUAACCGUGCUGUCUAGUUAAUUUUCAGUAAAUUUUUAUUUUUGUUUUAAUUUAGUUAUUUCAGUGACCAUUAUAGGGUUUCUUUCACUAACAGAUGGGUACUCACAAUUAUGUCCACAUGUGUAUGUCCAAAUUACCAUGACAAGGUUGGGUCAUGCUAAUGAAAUAAGAGUCUGUAUGCACAUGAAAAAAGAGAGACUUUGGAUACAAAAGUGAUAGUAAAUGACAAGAAAGACAAAUGGCAAGGUGAAUCACUGCAAAUUGUGCUGCACGCUUUUGUUGCAUGCACCAUUCCAUCUAUACGCCAAUGGGUUGAGUUACUCAAGCGUGGGGGAGCUCACUAAGCCGGUGUCAGUUUGUAGAGUAAUUUCAGCAAUUAACAGGUGCUAAUGAGCAGAAAGUUGGGCUCCUUGUAUGCGACCAACCUUCAUUCAUCAAGUACACUAUGUGCUUUGACAUGCAGCAAAACCUCAACCACUAAAGACUAUGUAUUGCCCCACCCUGGAAAAAGGUGUCACCAGAAAGACUGAAAAGGACUGUACCAAGUAACUCACUUCAGGGGGGUUAAAGAAUUAUAUUUCACACACCUCAGAAACUUUACCUCUCAGGUUAACUUCUCUUGUCUCGGGAGCUGAAAUGUUGUUGGUGCUUUUGAACACUCAAACAUUUGGAAAGAUGUAAUGAUAAAUUGUUUUAAAUUCUUUUAACCUUUUAGAUCUGAUAGCUGGCUGAAAAAAAAUCCCCUUCUGUGUGCUAGUUUACCCUCACCUGAGAACAGCUUGGGUCAUUGACUGACUAAUCACAGAGGAGGGGAGGAGUCGGGUUGUCCGAAUGUCACUGACACACAUACAAACACACACACGCAGACCAGAGGGCACAAAUGACAGGCAAAAGAGCUCACAUAGCUCACGUUUUUAUUUUAUUUAUUUAUUUUUUACUUGCUGGGCCAACCUUUUCAACCAUAGUGCCCACACUUCAGGAAUUAAUAAAUGAAUGCUCCUUUUUUAUGUUAACCCUGGAGUUGUAAUGGAUUCGGCACAAACAAUUGUUUGUAUAUUAACAAGUAAAAUGUCUUCAACACAGUUACGUGCCAUGGAAUUGCACCUGCAGCCAUUGUGGUUCAGCAGUUAGCCUCUGCUGUACUUGAGUGGAGGAUGGCACUUCUCCCAUUUACUGGUUCUGAUGACAGACCGGACUGGCGGCAAGAGAAUGAUACAGAAUUUGUUUAUCUGCCUGGGCAAGGACAAGAGGAGGAAAUGAUAUAUGUUCGUCUUGCAAGUAAGAGGGAGCAAGAAGAGGUGGAUGAAAUGGAUGAAGAGCAAGUUCUUUCUGAAGUGCUGUGUGCUGAUAGAGUUGGACAGAUGACGAAGACCUACAGUGACAUUGACGCCGUCACUCGACUGCUGGAAGAGAAAGAGCGUGACUUGGAAUUAGCGGCUCGCAUUGGUCAGUCAUUGCUAAAGAAAAACAAGGCCUUGAGUGAGCGAAACGAACUACUGGAGGAGCAAGUUGAGCACAUACGAGAGGAGGUAUCCCAGUUGCGCCAUGAUGUGUCCAUGAAAGAUGAGCUGUUGCAGUUCUAUACCAAUGCUGCUGAGGAAAGUGAGGGGGAGUCGACCACUUCCACACCUGUGCGACCCAGCGAGAACAAUGUGUCAACACCAACUUUUUUCCCCCUGGAUUCCUUGCAGAAGAAACUGAAAGAUCUAGAAGAAGAAAAUAAAUCUCUGCGCUCUGAGGCCAGUCACUUGGAGACAGAAACCCUCUGCUAUGAAGAAAAAGAGCAACAGUUGGUCAAUGACUGUGUCAAAGAACUUCGUGUUGCCAACCUGCAAAUAUCCUCUCUGGCUGAAGAGCUGGCGAGGAAGUCUGAGGAUGCUUCCAGACAGCAGGAGGAAAUCACUCAUCUUCUCUCCCAGAUAGUAGACCUCCAGAAAAAGGCUAAGAUGUAUGCUGUGGAGAAUGAAGAACUCACACAGCACCUAGGAGCUGCCAAAGAUGCUCAGCGACAACUCACUGCUGAGUUGCCUGAGUUGCAGGACAAGUAUGCGGAGUGCAUGGAAAUGCUACAUGAGGCUCAAGAGGAGCUGAAAAACCUGAGAAAUAAAGCAGCUCCAUCUAACACACAGAGACGUUUCCAUUCUCUGGGCUUGUUCCCAAUGGACUCUCUGGCAGCAGAAAUAGAGGGCACCAUGAGGAAAGAACUCCAGAUGGAUGACCCAGAUGUCGAGGAGCUAAGACUGCAGCCAAAACGUGUGUUCCAGACUGUGAAAAACCUCAACCUCAUGCGUCAGCAGCGUUCGUCGCUUGCCCCCUCCCCCCUCAACAUCCCAGGCUCCAAUCAGUCAUCAUGUAUCACUUCAGGCCGCUCCAGCAGGGUGGGCACACCUCGCUCCAACUCCAUGUAUGGCAGCGAAACAGGAAGUGGAAUUAUGCUGGACAACAGAAGUAGCUGCAUUCUGGAGACACCAGAUAAUGGGUCAGAAGACUCAAACAAGUGGCCCCCUGGGACCCCAGGCACCCCUGGCAGUCAGGACCUGGAGAAAGCCCUGCGGCGUCUGUCUCUACGCCGCGACAACUACCUUUCAGAAAAACGUUUCUUUGAAGAGGAGAGGGAGAGGAAGUUGGCUUACUUGGCCAAAGAGGAGGAGAAAGGUGGCGGUGAAUGUAGUGGAGGCCUUGGGACGCCAUCAGAGAGUCUGUUCUCACUCUGCUCGCAUCCGUCGUUGGGAAGCACGUGGUCGGGAUACUCGUUCACCGCCAGAUCCUACCUCCCGGAGAAGCUGCAGAUUGUAAAACCGCUAGAAGGUUCUGCUACACUCUAUGCAUGGCAACAGUUGGCUCAACCCCACAUGGGCGCGUUGCUGGAUGAUCGGCCCGGCGUGGUCACGAAGGGCUUCCGCACUUUAUCGCACGAGCAGGACGAAGCGGAUGGCUGGCAACUGGACCAGCCGGAGGAGGACGAAGUCUCGAGUGAAUCAUGCGCAGGCUUGUCAGGAGAGAGCCGUUUGGAGCCUUUGUACUGCAGUUCUUCGCUUUCCAUCUGCUGCAGCAAAAAUGGCAAAACUGAUGCCAGUCAUCUAUCAGAAACACUGUAUGGAGAAAGAGAAGGGACAAUAGAGAAAAUUCAACCAAAAGAUGUUAUUCCCUCUGCAAGACCACCCCCCUCUUCCCCAACACUAUCUUCCUCUGAGAUGAACGGGCAUGUGGACUUCAAAGAUCUCGACACAGUGGACCACAUGCCUGGCAAGUAUAUGUCCCACACUAGCUCCACCUAUACGUUCACUACCUGCAGGAUUCUCCACCCUUCUGAUCAGCAGACCUCCAUGUCACCAAGCUCAGCUCUGUCCUCUUGUCAGCGCAGUACAUCGUCUACUCCGGUCGUCUUCUCUGCUCUACAUACACCCUCCUACACCCCACGCUGCACCCCCCGCCGCCUCUCCUUGUCCCACUCCCUGGCUGAAUCUUCCACCAACCUUCGAGACCCCACCAAGACCACCAGCACCUCGCUAGGGCUCGGACGCCUCCUCCUGGAGCACGGGAUCUCUGCGUCUGUGUACUACCCGAGCAGCUGGGAUCGAGGGUCCGCGAGAGGAGAACAGCAGACCUCCAGCAACACUAUGGAGGGGAAUGACGGCAGACUGAUGAAGAAACGCCCCAACAGCCUCCUCCUCCUCCAGCCUUCCACUCCACCAAAUUCCCCCCGUUCUUGUGCCAAAUCUGGUGCCGCCUGCCCAGAUUUUCAGUUCAGCCCCUCUGAUGACGACCCACCAUGUUUUGACACUUUCCUAGCCUCUAAGCCGGCGCGCAUCAUCCUGAGGGAGGUGCUAGGUGAGGCAGAGAGGGAGCGAGGUGGCCAAACAGAUGAAGAAAGUCAAACAGAGAUAUUAAACCUGAAACUCGUGGAAAAACUGAAAAGCUUCCGCACCCUUCCGCCUCACACCGCUUCCAUUGCACCUGCGAGUAGUCUGUUAACCCCGUUCUGCCCAACAGGUCUGGGAAGCACUGCGCUGGGUCUGAACACAGGACUGAGGCGGAAUAGAAGCUACCCUGCUAUGGUAGGAGCCAGUAUGGUUAUGAAAGAUCCAGGAGGUCCCCAUACUACCGACAUCAUCAUACCACAUUUAGUGCAAAGCCCACAAACACAACCAGCAGUGCACGUACAUGACAUAAAACAAAUGAAUCACACUGUCUUCACAAAGACACUGGACACUGUCUCACCACUAACCUCAAAACAGAAAGAAGCCACCUCUAGCAAAUUGCUGCAAGACUCAUUUAGCAAUGGACAGUCCUGAUGAAAUCUCUGCUUAAACAAUAUAGGAAAUAUGUCCAUACUAAUCUGAGAUCAGAUACUGUACCUUACUACAGUAUGUACAGUAUAAGAUGGAUUCUGCAAGCCUACACUACCCUUAUAACUCAUUUCCCUGACAACAAUCAUUGGAGUCAAUAAGUAAAUGAAAUCGUGUGUAAAUGAACUAGUGUGGGCCAUUUCCUGUGUCUUUUGCUGCCGAUGAGAAGAAUGUUGCCUUCCUGUGUGCAUACAUACAGGUGCUGGUCAUAUAAUUAGAAUAUCAUGAAAAGAUUGACGGCACGGUGGCCGACUGGUUAGAGCGUCAGCCUCACAGUUCUGAGGACCCGGGUUCAAUCCCCAGCCCCGCCUGUGUGGAGUUUGCAUGUUCUCCCCGUGCCUGUGUGGGUUUUCUCCGGGCACUCCGGUUUCCUCCCACAUCCCAAAAACAUGCAUUAAUUGGAGACUCUAAAAUUGCCCGUAGGUGUGACUGUGAGUGCGAAUGGUUGUUUGUUUGUAUGUGCCCUGCGAUUGGCUGGCGACCGGUUCAGGGUGUACCCCGCCUCCUGCCCGAUGACAGCUGGGAUAGGCUCCAGCACACCCGCGACCCUAGUGAGGAGAAGCGGCUCAGAAAAUGGAUGGAUGGAUGAAAAGAUUGCUUUAUUUCACUAAUUCCAUUCAAAAAGUGAAACUUGUAUAUUAUAUUCAUUCAUUACACACAGACUGAUAUAGUUCAAAUGUUUAUUUCUUUUCAUUUUGAUGAUUAUAACUGACAACUAAUGAAAAGCCCAAAUUCAGUAUCUCACAAAAUUAGAAUAUUAAGACUGAUACAAAAAACAAUAUUUCUAGAAAUGUUGGCCAACUGAAAAGUAUGAGCAUGUACAGCACUCAAUACUUAGUUGUGGCUCCUUUUGCCUGAAUUACUGCAGCAAUGCGGCGUGGCAUAGAGUUGAUCAGUCUGUGGCACUGCUCAGGUGUUAAUGAGAGCCCAGCUUGGUCUGGUAGUGGCAUUCAGCUCUUCUGCAUUGUUGGGUCUGGCGUAUCACGUCUUCCUCUUCACAAUACCCCAUAGAAUGUUUUUAUGGGGUCGAGGUCAGUCGAGUUUGCUGGCCCAUCACGAUCAGGGAUACCAUGGUGCUUAAACCAGGUACUGGUAGCUUUGGCACUGUGUGCAGGUGCUAAGUCCUGUUCUGAAAAUGAAAUCUGCAUCUCAAUAAAGUUGUUCGCAGCAGUACCCAUGAAGUGCUCUAAAACUUCCUGGUAGAUGGCUGCGUUGACCUUGGACCUAAGGAAACACUGGACCAACACCAGCGCAUGUCAUGGCACCCCAAACCAUCACUGACUGUGGAAACCUUACACACGACCUCAAGCAACGUGGAUUCUGUGCCUCUCCUCUCUGGGACCUUGAUUUCCAAAGGACAUGCAAAAUUGACUUUCAUCAGAGAACCUAACUUUGGACUACUCAGUAGCAUUCCAGUCCUUUUUGUCUUUAACCCAGGCGAGACACUUCUGAUGUUGUCUCUUGUUCAAGAGUGGCUUGACACAAGGAAUGCCACAGCUGAAGCCAAUGGCUUGCAUACGUCUGUGCGUGGUGGUUCUUGGAGCACUGACUCCAGCGGCAGUCCACUCUUUGUGAAUCUCCCCCACAUUUUUGAAUGGGUUUAGUUUCACAAUCCUCUCCAGGGUGCAGUUAUCCAUAUCGCUCGUAUACAUUUUUCUACCACAUCUUUUCCUUCCAUUCGCCUCUCUAUUAAUGUGCUUGGACACGGAGCUCUGUGAACAGCCAGCCUCUUUAGCAAUGACCUUUUGUGUCUUCCCCUCCUUGUGCAAGGUGUCAAUGAUCGUCUUUUGGACAACUGUCAGGUCAGCAGUCUUCCCCAUGAUUGCGUAGCCUACAUAACUAGACUGAGAGACCAGUUAAAGGCCUUUGCGGGUGUUUUAAGUUAAGGAGCGGAUUACAGUGUGGCACCAGGUGUCUUCAAUAUUGCACCUCUCCACAAUAUUCAAAUUUUCUGAGAUACUCAAUUUGGGGUUUUCAUUAGUUGUCAGUUAUCAUCAACAUUAAAAGAAAUAAACACUUGAAAUAUCUCAGUCUGUGUGUAAUGAAUGAAUAUACAAGUUUCACUUUGUGAAUGGAAUUACCGAAAUAAAUCAACUCGUUCAUGAUAUUCUAAUUAUAUUUACAGCACCCGUAUGUGGAAUAUACUAUUCAAUUAAAAGCCCCCAAUCUGACGCACUUUAUUUUUGUUUCAUUUCUCCCAUUUACCAGCUCAACUUAAAAUAUUGCACUAGUUCUAAAAAAAAAGAUGUAAAUGUCCAUACUGGCCUGGAUAUGAAUGAUCUGGAGCACAGGUGGGAUUAAAGUGCCAAAUUAGAAGUUGUUUAGGAUCCUAAAAUGUUCUUUUACUAAACCUCCAGCAGAUCAAGCAUCAAUCAAAAUACUUGCCUGAGUCUCUGCAGUUUGAUUGUAGCUUAGCUUCAUUCUCCAUACACGACAAGACAUUGAGAUGGAUUGGUUUAUUAAGCCUCCGUCCCUGAUUUAUGUGUACAAUUGUACCUAUUCUUAAAAAAAAAUUCUAAUCGUAUCCUUUUUAUAUUCAGGCCACAAUGGUAGUUGUAAGCAUAUAAUUAAUGUCGCACUGCUGUACAAAUGUUAUACAGAUAUUAACAUUUCUUUGCCAUUGGGGUAAAAAAAUAUAUAACUGAGGGGCAAUCAAAACGUAAUGAACAAUUGCACUAGGUUGCACUUGAUUUUUAGUUUAAAUACUGUUUUUUAGUUUAAAAAAUGUUUAAGCCUUUCCUUUUCCUGUCAGCCAUUUUGGAAAUAAGGUAAUUGUCCAAUUUCUCACUUUGGAAGGGAAACCACCACGAAACAUUUUCAAAAGGUUGACAAAAAUGUGUAUGAGCUUAGGGUUCUGUCAACAAAUGAGGACGCAUAAUGGUGAUGUCAUCAAAUGAUGACUUGUCUUUGCUGCUCCUGGUCACUCAAAGCAGGCCCUUGUUUUUCACCUUUGAUCCUGGACACCCACUUUUUGACUGUGUUGUAGCCUAUUGCAGCUUCCCCAUACAAAUUUUGCAACCUUUGGAAAAUGUUUAGUGGUGGUUUCCCUUCCAAAGUAAGAAAUUCAGUCACAGCUCUCUGCUUCUGACGGGCAACCGACAAUGACGUCAUUUCUAAAAUGGCUGACAGGAAGAGGACAGGCUUAAACAAAACCGUUUUGAAAUAAACCUUCAUAAAGGUAUUUAAACUACAAACGGUGAACAUUUCAGAAAACAUUUUCAAUUACUAGGAGCUUAAAUUGGGCUCAUUACAUUUCAACUGUCCCUCGUAAUUGUGAUUUAUAUUGAAAGUAUCCAGGUUGGGGCUUUUAAUGUGGGUGCUUUGCUAUGAUUGAAAGUUCUUAUGUGCCUAAAACAUGUUACCUAGUUUUAUUAUGACUGUCUAGCAUUUUUACAUAAUGUUUUUUGAAUAAUUAAAAGAUGCGCAGAAAACCAACUACCCCAAUCUGUGGAAGUUCCUCCAAAUAGGUUGAAUAUGGCCCAAAACACAAUCACAAUCUCUGCUUGUUUUAAAACAUCAAUAACAAAUUGAUAAUGAGAGCCAUUAUGUCUUAUGGUUAUCCCUUAUACCUUUAUUUGUACUGUAUGUGGACAAUGAUAUUUUUUUCAAAAUAUGCCUCAAAUGAAUGUGAGAUGAAGCCAUUUCUUACAUCGAAGCAUGGAAACUAAUUGCAUCUAUCUGGUCGGGUAUCAAAGACGUGUAAAUUUGGCUGGCAUGCAGUUACUUCAGUUUUGGAACGUGUUCAUGGGAAUUCUGUACUAUGGACAAAUAAGAUUGACUCGCCCAAGGAAUCCCACAUUUCCUUAAAAAAAAUCAAAAAACUAUCGUGACAAGUUAUGUCUUUUUAUUACUACUGUAUAAUUUCACAUUGGCAGUGUUUUUUUUAAUUUUAUUUUUAAGUCUGCAAUAUGUUAUCAUUGUCAAGUCUGUCACUUUCCUAUUUUUCAAGUUAUGACAUUGGGCAACAAUGUUAAAAGUGCAUUUGUGUGCUUUUCCGAAUGUAUUCAUCUGUUCAAGCUAACUUAAACAAAACUAAAAUAUGUAAAAGUGUAAAUGAGUUUAUACGUUUGUUUUAAGGAGAUUAAACUAUUUUCAGUGACUGAGCGUUCUAUUUUACAGAACUGUACUCUAGAUUUAAAAAAUAAUAAUAAUAAAUGCAGACUGAAAUACAAAAGGUCUCUGCUUUCUUUGGAAAAGAAUGGAGCCUGUUUUAAUUUUCCUGGAUUUCAUAAAGAUCAUACAAUUUUCUAAUGUAUAGAACUCUCCUGUUUGGGGCUUUGUUGGCAGUAUUUGUUUACAUUUCAUAUGUGUUGUCCCUAAUGUGGCAUUAGAUACUCAUAAUAAUUGAUUUUAUUGAUUUAUGUAUUUAUUCGUUGUCCAGACACCAUUUACAGGUUGGCAAUAAACGUUGUGGUCUAUUGUAUUUAAUAUAA